UCACCUCCUCGCAGCGGCUCAACGUUCUACAAUUACAAGAGAAAUCACAGCAUCAGUUUACUAGCGGUUUGUGAUGCCAACUACUGUUUCACACUAGUUGACAUUGGUGCGGAAGGCAGACAGAGCGAUGGCGGUAUCUUCGCGCAUUCAAACUUUGGCCAACGAUUCGAAAGAAACCAAAUGAAUUUGCCAGAACCGAGACCGAUUGAAGCUUCUGGGCCCGCAUUACCGUUUGUGUUAGUAGCGGAUGAGGCAUUCGCUUUGACUCGUUACAUGAUGCGACCGUAUCCACGAAGCGGACAUCUGAACCGUCAAAGAAAGAUAUUCAAUUACCGUCUCAGUCGAGCACGAAGAAUGAUCGAAAGCGCUUUCGGCAUUUUGGUAGCAAAAUGGCGAAUUUAUCGUCGAUCGAUAAUUGCAUCUGUUUCUACUGCAGUCAAAAUUGUUCAAGCGACUAUAUGCUUGCAUAAUUUUAUUAUCCAAAAAGAAAACAAAUUGCCACUCUCUGAAAGGCAUUAUAUAGGCAUGCUCAACGAAGAGAGAGCCGUGAUAAACGGUGCAUUACAGGAAGUGAACGACGCAGGCAGAACUAACGCCCACGCCCGAAUUGCCUCUAGAAAUCGAGACGAUUUCGCUGCAUAUUUCGAAAACAGCGGGGCAGUACCCUGGCAGUGGGAAAAAGGUCUACUCGACGAUUUCUAA